UGUGAAAAUAAGAAACGGCCUAAAUUGUAAAUCCUCUCUUCCAUCAACCAUUUCAUUUUCUCCUCCUCACUAAUUCAUGGCAUCUCCCUUUUUCAGAAGAAUUUUUAGGGUUUAUGCUCAUAUUAGUAGUACCAAAUCCUCACUCUCAUCAUCAACAACACUCUACAAUGAAACCAGAAGAACUUUCAGAUCCAAAGCAGCAUUAGAAUCCCUAAUUACAGCAGCUGAAGAAAAAACCGCUAAUAUAAUUCUUUACAAUUACCCUUCAUUUUCUGGUUCUUAUUCAGCUCUCUUUGCUCAGCUUUACUAUACUCAUCUUCAAAUUCCUCAUCUCAUUUUGCCUUUCUCUUCAGUUGAACCUUUCAGGGUUGAAGAUUUGAAUAUAGGAGAAACUGUUGACACAUGUUAUCUCCUUGAUUUUGUUGGGCCUAAAGGAUUCACUGUGGAACUAUCUAAGGUAUUUAACAGGGUUAUAGUGUUCGACCACAGUAAAUUGACAAUGUCCAAGGUUCCCUCCAAUGAGGAAUGUCCAGAUAACUUAGAGUUGAAUAUCAAUGUACAUGAGAGUAGUUCCGAAGCUGUUUAUAAUUACUUCUCGAACAAACUAUUGGAUACAAACUGUACUGUCUGUACACUUGUUAGAAAUGAAGAUAAGGACCGUAUUGAAACACUACUUAAGUACAUUGAAGAUGGUGAGCUGAACAAAUGGAACUUACCUGAUACUAGAGCGUUUGAUAUCAGUUUGAAAGUAGAGCGGCGGAAGCUGAAUUGCAUUACUAAUCCAUACAUGUUUGAUCAGUUAAUGCAACUGGAUCCCACUGAUUUAAUCAUCCGGGGAAAUGCUUACAUCUCUUCUCGCCAAAAUGCCGCAAAUAAGUUAUUGGAUAAACCUUUCAAAAUUCAUUUGGGCAGAGGUUUCUACGGAGAAUGUUUGGGAAUUAGAGCUGAUGGGAACGCAAACUUAAGCGAUGAAAUUGGACAAGAACUUAGUUUAAGAAGUGCUGCAGCUGGCUUGAGGCCCAUAGGUGCAGUUAUUUACAUGCAACGAAAAAAUCUCAAGAUGUGCCUGAGGAGUAAUGAUAGUAGCACUGACACCUCUGAAAUUGCUAAGGCUUAUGGCGGGGGAGGCACAUCAGCUUCCAGCUCCUUGAUCAUAAGAAUGGAUGAGUACAAUGAAUGGGUCUCAGGGCGUUCACGCAAAGUUUGCAAGAGUUCAGCGUCUGUGAAAAACCCUUCUAAUUUCUCAAGUACUUUUGUUAUUCAGCGAAUAUGCUAGUUUCCUCAAAAUUUUCCCAAGUGUAUUCAGGACUCAAGAAUAUCAUAGAUGUGAAGAAUGUAUGAGGGAUGAUCCAUCAAGUGUUUUCAUUCAUUGGUGCCUAGACUCUAUUGAUAAUUUCGGAACUAAACAAACUGCAUGAGUGAUU